UACAGUACUUAUACAAUUUAUAAUUUUUGUCAGACGUCAUAACCUACUCUAUUAGCACGUGAACGCCAUUAAUAGUGAUUUAAACCAUAGUAAUUUCGUGUAUGUUUGACUUGGGCUGUUUCUAAAUCACAGUAUCACUGCAUCUAAUGCAUAGAUAAGACGUGUACUGAUGUGUUAUUUUUUACGCGUUUAAAAAUUAAAACCAUUCGAAGUAGACCGAAGUUUUUUGUUUUUCCAAAAUACAAAAUACAUCUACCAAAUUUUCCAAUAAUUUUUACCGACAGUGCGGUAACCUAACGACACAAGUACCAAUCGAUACUCGGCUGUAUAUCAUUUUGAUAUUAAUAAGUGUCAAAUCGUUUGGAGUAUAAAAACACGUUUUUAGUGCGCAAAGAUGUCAUCAAAACCAAAGGUGCUGUUAAUACGUGAUGAUUUUCCAAAAAAAGCCAUCGAUUUAUUACGUACAAAGUGUGUCGUGGAAGUGCUCAAACGUAGCAAAAAUAAUGGAUUGAUAACCUCUCAAGAUAUUGUUAAUUGUGUACCGGGCAUGUUUUCAAUUUUCUGUUAUUCCGGGGUCCCAAUAAACGAACAGGUCCUAAAAGCAGCAGGAUCCAGUCUAAAAGUAGUCGGUACCAUGUCGGUGGGAUACGAUCACGUUGACCUCACAUCCAUGAAAAAAUAUGGUGUACGUUUGGGAAAUACGCCGGGUAUUCUGGCGGAAACGGUAGCGGAAAUCGCCGUGGGCCUCAUCAUAGCCACCACUAGAAGGUUUUUCGAAGCGAACCGCGAAGUGAAAACUGGUGGAUGGCAAGAAUGGGUUCCCGGGUGGAUGUGUGGUAGAAGCAUAAAAGGCUCGGUCGUGGGCAUCAUAGGUUGCGGCAACAUCGGCACGUCGAUCGCUGAAAAAUUGAUCAAUUUCAAAGUGUCCCAGCUUUUGUACACCAGUAGAAGUGAAAAACCAGCUGUCAAAGCCCUCGGUGGACAGUUGGUCACGGUGGACGAGUUGAUGGAGCGUAGCGAUUUCGUCGUGGUCGCUGUGGCUUUGAACGAAGAUACGAAAUUCAUUGUCAGCAGAGAACGGAUCGCUGCCAUGAAAUCCAAUGCCAUAUUGGUGAACAUCGGUCGCGGACAGUUGAUUGAUCAAGAUGCUUUGGUCGAAGCGCUCAGGGAGAAGAGAAUCCGAGGCGCUGGACUGGACGUGAUGACUCCCGAGCCACUGCCAUUGGAUCAUCCACUGAUGGGCCUUGACAACGUUUUGCUCCUGCCACACAUCGGAACCUCCACCUUUGAGAUAGAGGAAGAGAUGGCCAUGAUGACCACCCAGAACAUAUUGGCUGUGUUGGACGGAUGCCCUAUGCCGAACGAAGUGGUUUUUUAACGGCUCAGUUAUCGUCUGAAAUUCCAAGUACAAUAACUAAUCAUUGUCAUUUGUUAAAAUAUUUUAAAAUUACAAAAUAAAACUUAUCUGUACAAUUAACAA